AUGACUAUCAAACGUAUAUUCGAUGUGGUGGUAGUCGGUGCAGGCCUCAGUGGUCUCCAAGCAGCCCAUGUGGUCAAAUCAGCAGGGCUGACCGUUUGCGUUCUGGAGGCCACCGAGCGGGUGGGUGGAAAGACGCUUACAAUGAGAUCAACCGAGAGAGGUUUCAACGAUUUAGGCGCAGCGUGGAUAAAUGAUACAACCCAGAGUGAAAUGUUCAAGUUAUACAAACGAUAUGGCAUGGACGCAGAGGUUCAACGUGCCUGUGGCUAUGAUGUCAUCCAGCUGGCCGACGGAUCUGCCAUAAAGACCCCGUAUGGCCAGAUUCCGGGCGAUGCGAAAUUGCUCCAAGAAAUGUUGCAGCUACUUCGGACAGAAUCGUCCAAAGUCAAUUUGAACAGUCCCUGUGAUUCCGACGGUGCCAGGGAAAUCGAUAAGUUGACAUUUGGACAAUUCUGUGUCCAAAGAACGAACAAUACGGAAGCAACUGGAUACGCAGAUACUCUCUGCGCGGAAUUACUCGGUGUGGAGAGCAAUGAAGUUAGCGCACUAUACAUGCUCCAUUACUUCAAAUGCGCUACCGGCAUCGAUAAUAUAAUAUCGGACGAAAAAGAUGGAGGUCAAUACUUGAGAAAUAGACAAGGAAACCAAACAAUCUCGAAGAAAUUAGCCGAAGAGCUUGAUUCAAAUACCGUAAAGCUACGAACACCGGUUGUUUCGAUUGACCAGUCUCAAAAGGACAAAUGUGUAAUUCUCACAGGAACUGGAGAAUCAAUUUACUGCCGCAAGGUUAUCAUCUCCAUUCCAACGACAUUAUAUCACACAAUAUCCUUCGAUCCACCAUUGCCUGCAACGAAAACCACCUUAAGCGAUAAUGCAGUAAUGGGAUACUACAGUAAGAUGGUAUUCGUCUUUAAAGAGCCCUGGUGGCGCAAAGCCGGGUUUUCAGGUGUCUUGAAUACUGAAACGGGGCCGAUUCGUUUUACCAGAGAUACGAGCAUCCCCGCAGAUGACCAGUGGUCAAUUACCUGCUUUAUCGUUGGGGAGCGUGGCAGGACGUGGUCGAAGCUUUCCAGAUCUGCUCGCUAUAAUCAGGCAUGGGAGCAACUUAGUCAAUCCUUUGGAAAACUUGUUCACGAUGUCCCUUUCCCGUCAAAUCACUUGGAGAUGGAGUGGUCGAAGCAAGCAUUCUUCCUUGGUGCCCCUUGCCCAGUCAUGACGCCAGGAACACUCACGAGCGUGGGAGAGAACCUCACCCGGCCAUUUAAGAAUGUCCAUUUUGUGGGAACUGAAACUGCUACUGUUUGGCGAGGAUACAUGGAGGGUGCCGUCCGUUCUGGCCAGCGGGGAGGUGCUGAAGUUGUGAAAGCUUUGUGCGAAAUUUGA